AUGUCCCAGCAGACACGGGAGCUCUCGUCGAACGAUCGGUCUUUUGUGGGUCCGAUUACCUCCCUGCGAAUAAUUUCAAGCCCACUGAAGGCCAGCGAUCAGCUUCUACUAGUCGGAUCGGGAUCCUUCCUGUCAAUUUUCAGCUUGGCACCCUCAACUCAUCUUCCCUCCAGAAGAAAUUCUGAGCCGCCAAAGCUAUAUCGCAAGGUCUUGACUCAUGAUCGCAUCCACCGUAUCAAGCCUCUUGAAUAUCCCAAAGGCAAUGUAGAAGGACCCAUUGACACUCUUAGCGGCUCAUUUGUCUGUGCAGGGGGAAGAGAAUUCGCUAUCUGCUCUCUUGAGAGCUCCCUUGUCAAUGUGGACGCCCAAGAGUGUAAGAAUUCCGCAAGGUCAGAAACUUUCAACUUGUCGAAUCCCUCUUGGCCUUUUUUUGCGCGUCGAUAUCGCGAUUUCAUAUUUAAAAAACUGAAGGCUCUUACCAUCGAUGAUUGGAUAAUAGAUAUUGACUACCGUGGUCGAUCUUCCACCGGGCACACGCAGAUUGCUCUGCUUACAGCCCACAAUCGAUUGAUAAUUUAUCGACUAGACGCUUGUGGACACCUACAAGAGAUAUCCUCUGUUGCUUGUCAAGACACCACGCUAUUGCUGUCAGGCCAGAUUCUGAUUCGAGAGCAAGACCAACUCGACAUCUUUUGCAUAGCAGGUGGAGCUAUAUCAGGCAAUGUGACGAUAUGGGAAUGGAAAGCCGACAAUCAAUGUCAAUCUAUCCAGUCAAUCCAAACCACUCUCAUCGGCCAUAGAGGUGCUGUAUACGAUCUGUCAUAUUCGGCUCUAGGAGAAAAGCUCUGUACCGCAUCAGAGGACAGGUCUCUACGCGUUUGGGACCUCACAAAUCCAGGCACUCCCGCUCUUGUCCUCUGGGGCCACUUGGGACGUGUUUGGCGUGUUCAUUGGUGGAAUAGUGAGCAGCUGACCAGCGUAGGAGAAGACUGUCGAGCUUUGACGUGGAAAAUUUCCACACCUAGAACCCCUGACACUCUAGAGACUGGCAGCAACAACCGGACAAAAUUUUCCCCUAAACCAUUCUCCAUAAUACAAUCCGCUCAUGACGGAAGGUCCAUUUGGUCCGUCACGCAUGAUGAAAAGACUGGUUACUUGCUUACCGGAGGAGCCGACGGAAAAAUUUGUUCAGCUUUGAUAGAGCCAAAUAAUAAUACUGCCGAAAUCAUCUCCAAAAAGAUCAGCAGUACCAAUCAAAGCUCCAUCAAAGCUUUCAACGUUAGUUCGGACGCAAGCAAAGUUGUAUUUGUAUGCCAAGAUGGAUCUAUUUAUACACGUUUUCUUUUCGAUAAGAAUUCUCCCGAAACUUUGGUCUACCGUCAUCAUUCCGCUUUCCGUUCACAAUGCCAUGUACGAUUUGUACCAGGAUGCGAUCGCGCGGCAUUUAUUGCCACCAACCAAGGCCAUCUGCUUUCUAUUCAUGACAUAGGAGAAUCUGAUCCAAAGACUCAACUUCAUGAUCUCGGGCAUACAAUUACCAUGUUUACGGUUUGCGUCACAACAGAUUUAAACGUAUUUGCUUUGAUAUAUGACUGCAAGCAAAAUGCCUGUCUUCUUUACAAGAUUUCGGAAAACAGGGAUCCAGAACUAAUAUUUCGGAUGUGCCUCCGGUCUAUGAAGACUCCCACCUGCAUAAAGCUUCUGGAAACCAAGGACCCAGCACGUUUAUUGGUCUUUGCUGGUGAUGUCACCGGAUGUCUAGCCGUGAGCGAGGUAUCGCAGAAGGAGAGCUGCAUUGGUCCGAUUGCAUCACUGCACGAAAACGGCAUUCUUGAUAUUGAUCUUGACCAGAAACAAGAUCACUCAUUCAAUUGCUACAAGAAUUGCUUGAGCUUAAGCACUCUUGGACAUGAUGGAAAUUUAACAAAAUGCUAUGUGGAAGUCGUGAACAACGAAAUCAAAAUCUUACAGAUCCAUCAAAAUCCGAUCAGUAAAGGCAGUCUUGAAACAUUUCUCGACUAUCCUCACAACUUGCGCUACAUCGCUGGAUUUGAAAAGGCUUGGUGGAAGAUUUUCGAUCGUCACACUGGUUCGAUGAUCGGCAGUUGUAAAGUUGCCUGCAACGGAAAGCCGAACAUGUGGGUUUGUCGGAACCGUGCAAAUCGAAGCUUUCUUUUCUAUCAGCAAAAAGGAUCUAUUUUGGUAGACGAACUAUCGCUUCCGAGCAUAAGUAGUCCCAUGAGCUUUAUGCCCGACUUCGGGACUCAUGGUCGAGAGAUUAAUUGUCUAAAAGUGGCAUCUGUUUUUCAAGGCCUAUCUGAAAUAGUAGCCACUGGUUCUGAGAACGGAGUUUUGGAGCUGUCUCUGAAUCAACGCCAGAGUACUUCUGAGCCACUAAUCAGAGUAUAUAGGAAUGCUAGAAUUCCUUUUGCAGUCAAGUGCCUGGCAUGGUUGAAAAAUUCUUCUCAAUGUGGUGUUACGCAAAAGUUUUGCAAUGGAUUUCAGGUUCAAAGGGACUCCCUCUUUUUGGUUAUAUCUGGCUCCCGAGAAAUGUUUCAAAUAUUUCAAAUCACUUUAGAUUGGCAUCCGAAGGCGAGCUCUAUAAACGAAAUCGACUUGGGCGUCAUGCCAUGGUCAUGCUUUAGUCAACGUUCUGCGGAAGAAAGCGAAGUUAGAAUCAUGGAUUUGGAUCCCUUACAUUUGGGUGAUGCAGUCUGGUUAUUGUCGACCUCACAAAGCGAUGGAAAUAUCAGAGUAUGGACCUUGGACGUAGACAAAAAGGAGCAACAGCUUCUUUUUCAAUACAAAACUCAUUAUUGCGUCUUCUCCAUCCAACUGCUUCAUCUCGAAGUGUUGAAUGUGUGGGAAAUAUUGAUACUGGCCGGAUUGGCUGACGGGACUGUCCGUGUUUUGACCCUGCCAAAAAUUGACUUCGCCGCAAUCAAGGAGGGCAAGAUUCUAGAAUCUCAGACCAUAGAACUUUUGUUGACUCUGCCUCACCAUCAAAGUGGUGUGAGGUGUGUAAAAAGCUAUUCACAAAAUAAGCGACUGAUUAUUGCUACUGGAGGGGACGAUAACUCUUUAGUUGUACAGUGCCUGGAAUUCUUUCGAAGGGGGUCGACUGGUUCGCUGGAAGCAAAUGUCAUUGAUGAUAUUUCUGGAUUCAGCCAAAGACCUCAAUCUAAUGAAGCGAUGAUUCCAGAUGUUUUUAUGUUAGGUUUUCACUCUCUCGACGAUGAGCAGGGGAUUAAAGAUAGAAUAACACUAUUCAGCGUUUCCGCCGACCAAAAGCUCAAGGUUUGGUCUAUCAAUUCGACGCCCAAGGCAAACAGUCCGCCGCAAAUCGAUUUACUAAACAUCUUCCACACCGACGUCGCUGAUUGUACUUCCAUAGAUCUUGCAGUUGAUCUUACAAAUCAUUCUACGCAUCAGAUUGGCAAACAUGCUUAUCGAUCAAAUCACAAUCCUUGCAUCUUCUUGGCUGGGAUUGGUGUUGAAAGAAGACAGUUGACUACUUCUGUUUUCAAUCCAUCAUCGCUCUGA